AUGGAAAGUUCAUUUCUUCUAACACUUCCUGUUGAAAUUGUACAUCGUAUUUUGGAUUGCUUCAAUAUUGAGGAUAUUCUAUUUUCAUUUCGUUAUGUUUGCAAAAAGUUUUAUUCUAUUACCGAUAUCUACAAUCGAUUAACGCUCGACCUUUCUAACCAUUCAUCGCAAACUAGUAUUCAUCGUUUGCACCGAAUCAUUUCACCAGAAAAUGUCACAACAUUAAUUCUUCGAAACUCUUAUUACAACAAUGAAUUAAAUGAUAUUGAUUAUUUUUUUUCAUUUAAUGAUAUUCAUCGAUUUACUGGACUUCGUUUUGUACGUCUUGAUAGUUUGACUGAAAAAGAUUUUCGCACAGUCAUCUGUCAUCUCACGACUCUUUCUACAUUCAAAUCAUUGUCAAUCUUUGACCGACGAAUUCUAAAAAAUGAUAUAAUUAUUCUUCUUUCAAAGGUUACUGCAUUGCAAAGUAUUCGAGAACUCGAUUUCGACGUUAGUACUCGAGUUCUCAACGAAAUCUCAUGGCCAAAACAUGGAAUGUAUCAGAAAAUAAAUUUAAAACUAUGUUCUUAUAAACAAUGGUGCCAUAUUCUUCACCAUUCACCAAAUCUUCGAAUAGCUUCUAUAACAAAGCUUGACAUGAACAAUAUCGCCAAAGAUGUUGCUUGUAACACCUAUAAGCAGCUAACUUCAUUGACAUUGAAUUGCAUUCAAUGUCCAAUCGAUCAAGUGGAAAUGCUGCUUGCAUCUUAUCCAUCACUUAUUUCCAUCAAUUUAACUUUAAACAUAAUUUCUUCAUUCGAAAAUCUUCAACGUUUCUCGCAAUGGGAAUAUUUUAUUGGUGAGAAAUUACCUCGACUUAAAACUGUUCGUUUUCGGAUUUCUUCUCCAAUAUCUCGUUCUCAAGAUUUUGCAAAUAUUAAAUCUAUUAUUGCUGCAUUUCGUACAUCAUUCUGGCUUCAACGUAAAUGUUGGUAUAUGCAAUUUAAGUAUGUGAUUAAUAAUGAUGGAGCUCAGUUUAUUAUUAAUUCUUCCGUCGAUGGAUAUGUGGAUUUGUAUCAAGAAUUCGAAACAGGUUUAAUAUCGUAUUUUACUUCUACUAGAAAAGAUGAUGAUGGACCAAAGAUGCACAAUGUAUGGAGUGCUAUUGUUAAUUUACCAGAAGUGACACAAGCUAUCUGUUCUCGUCGAUUUACAAUUCCGAAGUAUUAUUUAUUUGAUAAUGUCAUUCAACUUGGACUUGAUAUCGAUCACUUUGAUGAUUGGCAGCGAUCUUCUUCAUUUGGUUGUCUUUCAAAAUUAAUUAAUCUUUCACAAUUGAAAGAAAUUUAUUUCUUAUUAUCAUGUAAAGCAACUUUUGAAGCAAGUAAAAUCAAUACUAUACUCGAAAAAGCAAUUAAUGUUCGAACUUUUGGAAUAAAGAAUAAUGGUAGUUUACGAGAUCAUAUGGAAAAUGAUUGUGCUGCAAUAUCUCCUCAAAUUGAACAUUUUAUAAUACGAUCGCCAGAUACCUGUACCAUGAAAGUCAUUGCCGAACAUGUUGAACAUAUAUCUACUAUUACAUUUUCAUGUGAUUGGAGUUCAUCAAAAACUUGGAAGAAAAUAAUUAAAUGGCUUAUGGAAAAAGAAAAGAAAUUCUCAGUAACAGAUGAUUAUCGAUUAAUUCGAAUAUGGAUGAAAGAUACUAUUGACAUAUAA